UUCUAGCAGGUUCUCCACGUUUGGCUCUGGUCUCCUCCUCCGGUUAGUGCGCGAGCGCAGUCUGGAAAUGGACUUCCGGUCGUGAGACGUGGCUGACACUGGAAAAUCUUUCAGCAGAGAAUUCGGGAGUCUGAGGGAGUGCUCCGUUUCUUCUACAGCAGUGCCUGGAUGGCAGGGUCAACCCGGAGUCAAAACUGUAGGAAUUUCAGCAAGGCUCCUCUAUUCCUUACAGCACCCUACAUGUUUCUUCCACAUGCAUUGCGGAGGUCUGGGCUGAUGAGCGCAGGACCCCAGAGCCCCGUCUUGGCAUUUGCUCUGCUGCUCCUUGGCGCCGCCCUCCUGGCGUCAUCCUUAGGCGGUAAGAUGAUGGCUCAGACCGCUGUGGCCCAGGCAAAGACUGCAGCUGCAGGACCAGGACCAUUACCUUGGAGCAUUAAGGACCUUCUAGACCUCCAGUACCUGGAUGAGCUGUUCUCCGUCGACAACCUAGAUGUUUGGUUCUGCUCCAUCUUGGGAUCGAUUGCCAUUGGACUCAGUGGUAUCUUUCCACUUUUAGUGAUACCCAUUGAAGCUGGAACAACUUUAAAAACUGAGGCUGGGUGUCAGAAGCUGAAGAAGCUGCUGAGUUUUGCCAUUGGUGGUCUCCUAGGCGACGUGUUUCUCCACCUCCUUCCUGAAGCAUGGGCUUACACUUCCAGUCCUGAUGGGUCCCACAGACACUAUCGUACGCAGGGUUUGUGGGUGAUAGGGGGUUUGCUAUCUUUUCUGAUCUUGGAGAAGAUGUUCCCUGAUGAAGACAGUGACCCAGAGAGCAGAGCUGCCUGCCAAAAAGCCAAAUCCUCUUCAACAGAUACAAGCACCAAGGUCUCUGUGUCACCACAAACAAAUGGCAUCUGCUCAAACAACAACUCCGACUCCAAGCCAAAGACUGACAUCAGCCCUUACACAGAGCCAGAGAAAAUAAAGACAAGUGGUUAUCUAAACCUUCUUGCUAACUGCAUUGAUAACUUCACUCAUGGGCUGGCAGUGGCAGGAAGCUUCUUAGUAAGCCGAAAGGUUGGUUUCUUAACAACGUUCGCUAUUUUGCUUCAUGAGAUCCCUCAUGAGGUGGGCGAUUUUGCCAUUUUGCUGCGAGCAGGCUUUGACCGUUGGAAAGCCACCCGUAUGCAGCUCUCUACAGCAUUAGGAGGAGUCCUGGGGGCGUGUUUUGCUCUUUGCUCCCAAUCACAGCAUGGGGCAGAGAAUGCCACUGCCUGGAUCCUGCCCUUCAGCUCAGGUGGCUUUAUCUACAUUGCCUUGGUCAAUGUGGUACCUGAUCUGCUGGAGGAGACCAACCCUAGGAACUCCUUUCUGCAGGUUCUGCUGUUAUUUUGUGGGAUUGCAGUCAUGGCUCUUCUCUCAGUCGUCAUGGACUAGCCACAGGCGAGCACUGCUUUGACGUUUAGUGUCGCCUAGCAUUGACUGAUGAUGGACUAUUCACUUCAGUGUUUCAGCUUUAAAUAAUUUAGACAUUUUUUGUCACCCCAAAGACUGUGUGAGGAAAGACCAAAUAAAGAAACAGCCUUGACAAUCAGGUGAGAUUUUACACAUAUCCUUCAAACACCGGGAACCGUCUGUGUCCAGAUUAAAUUCAGACUUAACUCAUGAUGCUUUAUAGGCACCAGCUGAAACUGAAGGGAAAUACAGGUUUGUGCAAACGGUGCUCAGAAAUAUCAGUAGUUGUUUUGGUUCAAAUACGCCAUCUAAGCUGCUCCUAUUUGGCAUUCUUGUUCAUAAUCAUGUUCCAGCCUGGUGUCAAUGCUCAGUAAGAUGAACCUGUUACUUUCCUUUGUCAGUAGGUUUCAUCACUGGGAUUUGCCUGACCUGUUGUGAAAUUGCAUGUGUGCAGUGUGUAAACACAUUCUUUAUUAAGAAACAGUGUAUAGGCAUACACCUACAUAAUCAGAUUGUUGAUGGUCAUCAUCAUUGCUUUUUUUUAAAAAAAAGCUCAUUUCACUCUACAUUUGCUCAAGACAUCCACGCUUUGCAUGAGUACAUAUUCCUCUUGCACAUACAUGACUGAAGACACUCCUGUCAAACACUUUUAAAAAUACUCAACAGGCCUUAUUUUCUUACUGUAUACUCUUGUUAUUGAUUAUAUUCUGAUAGCCACUACAUUGCUGCAUUUUUCAUUUUAAUUCUCUGAUUUUCUGUUUCUUUGUGGUCCUGGCAAAGCGAUUCAGAAUUUCGAGUGAUUUAGUCUAGGGGAUUGACAGAUUCAUAAGCAGACAGUUCUUUUACUCUAAUGACUUGGUGCCAUUUCAUACAUUUCGAUCAAAUUUUGAAGAAGAUAAUAAAAUAGUUGAUAAAUGGAUUGCCAGUUUUGUACAUGGAAUGUUACUGAAAGAAUGUUCUGAACGCAUCACUUGGCAGGUCAGUACGGUCUUUGCCAAAAUGUAAAUAUUUGAAAAGAGAUUAUAUAUAUUUAUUCUAUUAACAAUGUCAUGUUGAAAGAAAAAUGUAUAACUUUUAAGACUUGAGUCCUCCCAUUGUGUAGCUGAAAUAAAGAUAUGUUACUGUUUGAUUUAAA